AUGAAAAUAGCUGCGCGAUUAUGUGUCGUUCUGUUAUUCUCAUUCUCCCUCAUCUCGUCAAAGCACACACUACCUGUGUUAGCUGAGGGUCCCCUGGCGAGCGGCUCGGACGAAUCAGAGCCGUUAGAAGCGCCGCCGGAGAUCCCGGAACUUGCAGAGAUUCCGGAAAUCCCGGACGAUGUCCCGGAAGGUUCCGAAGCUGAUUCUGGGAAUGAGGAAUCUGAGGCGGAGGCUGAAGAGGCAGCUGGAUCGCACGUUAACGAGCUGCUGCGAAUAGGGUUACCGACUAGCACGAGUACCAUUGCUACGGAUGCAGAGAAUGCGGGAGACACUGAAGCAGCUGGGAGUGCGAAGGACCAAAUCCCUGCGUUCCUAUUGGCUCUAGAGACUCGCAACCGCCAGCUGGCGCGUCACUGUGGCGCCACGCGUCUGUUCAGCGAGAAGCGCACCACAGCAGCAGCAGCAGCGGCAGCGGCAGCGGCAGCGUCUGCUGCUGCAUCUAACGGCAACAAGAGUGGUGGUGGUGGUGGUGGUGGUGGUGGUGGUGGCGGUGGCAACGGUCUGUUGCAAUGGAAACCAGAGGCGGACCGGUACCUGCUGCUCUCGUGCCACAAGGGCAAGGUGAGGGCGUGGAGGAACGGAAGGAGAGGGAGGGAAGGAGAGGGGGAUGAGGAAGGGAAUGAGAGGAAGGGGGAAAACCCCUCCCAUCCCCUUCCAUCCAACCCACCCCUUCCAUCCCCUCCCAUCCAACACACUCCUUCCAUCCCCUCUCAUCCAAUCCACCCCUCCCAUCCCCUCCCAUCCAACCCACCCCUCCCAUCACCUCCCAUCCAACCCACCUCUCUCAUCCGCUUCCCCCUCAUUCAUCCCUCUCGUACUCUCCUUUCCCCCACUCACCACUCCCUCUGGCAGUUGAGCGAGCGGCUGGUGUGUCUACAGCACCACCUGCUGCUGGCAGGGCUGCUCAACCGCACUCUGCUGGUGGGCCGCUUCCACUCCAAGGGCGUGCGGGGCGAGCACUCGUGGGAGCUGGCUGUAGACAUUGGGCAUCUGAGGAUGUGCUAUGGCGAGGACACUGUGCUGCUGGCGCACGAGUGGAGAGCGAGGGAGAGGGGGAAAGGGGGAGGAGGGGAGGGUGAGGAGGAGGGGAGGAGGAGGAUGCUGGUUGGUCAGGGCGAUGCUGGUUUGGCGGUGAGAGAAGGGGAAGUGGAAGGGGGGGAGGGGUUGACGGAGGAGGACGAGGAAGAGGAAGAGAGGCGAAGCGCAGGGGAUGUUGAUGGAGAAGGGAGGAGAGAGGGAGAAGCAGAGACGGUCCAAUGGAGGCGGCUUCUCAAGGGGAAGAAGAAGAAGAAGAAGAAGAAGGAUAAGGAAACAAAAUCGAAGCUGUCAGAAGACGAGGAGAAUCCUUCGACUGAAGAGGGUUUCGACCCCGAAGAAACAGCACAUCCCAUUGUGAUUGACGCGCUUGUGCCCUGGUACAAGGACAAGUCGGUUCUCCCCAAGAGGUUCCGAGCCCGCCCCGACCUCACCUUUCCACGAACCGCCCUCUUUGCAAACCUCACUCGGCGGUCCCCUCUCCGGUCGUUCCUCUCGGUCUACACUGCGCCGGAGGUUCGCUCUGCACGGGUGCUGUUUGUGGGGGACUUGCUCUACGCGUUCUGGGAGGUCCCAGAUGCUCCGAAUCUGGUCAACUUUCCAGGGGAUGCGCCGUUCGUUCGCUCGCCGGGCUGCCCGAACCCGUACACGCUCCUGCCCAACCGGAAGGUGCUGCGGCUGGCAAAGGAGAUCCAGAAAACUUUCUUCUCGGGCAGUGAUGGGGCGAAAGUCCCUUUUAUAGCGGUGAAUUAUGAGAAGAGGGCUGGGUUGGAGGGUCUGCUUUGGUGCGACUUGGGUGGGGAUGCAGAUGCAGCAGCAGCAAGAGCAGCUGCAGCAGAUAAGGAGUCGAAGUCCAACAUUGGGUUUGUGAAGAAAGGCAAGAGAAGAGGGUUGAGAAGCAUUGAGGAUAGUACGAAAACCAAUACCAGCAGCAGCAGCGGAAGCAGCAGCAGUAGUAGUGGUGAUGGUGGUGGUGACGGCGAUGGGGGUUACAUUAAAGGCGUUGGUAACCGUGCCUGCCAGCUAUCGGUUGCUGAGGUGGCGGGUUGCUUGUGGCGCAAGCUGUCGGCCUCGGGCAUUCGAAGGCUCUUUCUUGUCACCGAUGCAUCGGAUCAAGAGGUGGGUCACUUGGUGCGUGAUGGUGUGUGA